AUGCCAAGUGCUGCAUCCUCAAACAAGGGUGCAAUCAUCGGCGGCGUUGUUGGAGGUGUUGCAGUCUUGGUCAUAUGUGCCAUCCUGCUCUUCUUUUGCUGUCGCCGCAAGAGAAAAUAUGGAAAACGAGAGAAGGGGCCAACUCCUGCCUCAUGGUACAAACACGGAUUUACGCGGAAAGAUCGAGCAACUGCAUCCGAAAUGAAGGGGCCUCUAUCGCCAUCAGACAGCGAAGCAAAUAACAUCGCAUUGGCAAUAGACUCAUCGAGCGCUGGCUCCCCGUUCACCACGGAUACCACACGGGGAAACAUAAUCCUCACCCCAGACCUAGCAUUGGGAUCAUCGGCAACAAGCCUUAUCUCACACUCUCCCCACAAAACACUCCCAGUCCUGCCAGCCCAACCGCAGUCAAACGAACUCUUCGCUUCAGUUCCUCCCCGCCAAGGAUUUACCCCAGAGCUACCAGACACAGGCUUCCAUCGCCUGCGCGCCGAACUAGCCUCCCACUCCCAAAGCGAGCUGAUCAACGUACCCAUAGAGCAACGCCAGCGACAGCAGAAUCACAUCAGGUCAAGGACUGGUCCCUGGGCUUGGGAAUCGCCUUCCUUGGCAUCUAUACCUAGUUCGCGUGCAAGCCCGGCAAGAGGAAACAACAGCAGCGGCCACAGCCACAGCAAUAGCAACGGCGGUAGUCCGGGGAGAAACCAUGGUGGACGGGUCGUCACUGCCGACGGAGUUGUCCUAGGUGCGAAUCUGGAUCGAUAUUCUAAUGGCAUGGCGAUUGGAGAGUCCCUAGCCGAGGGGGAAAGGGGUAGGACGACUAAGCGUGGUGAGACAGAUCAUGUUAUGAGUUUUAUGCAGUAUGGCGGGAGGCUGGAGGAUCGGGGCUUAAGGAACGGGCUUGGAAUUGCAAGUGGUCAUACUUCCAACCCCCGGGUGCGUGAGGAUAGUGUGUCCAGGUCGAGGCCUAGACCUGCGCAGCGCAGUUUGGAAGAUGAGAUUGCGGCUGCGGAGGGUGAUGUCGAUGUUCCGCCUGCUUAUGAGGCGGAAGAGGUCGUUCCUGGGCAUGACAUUAAGUCUCCGUCUGGGAGGAUGGGUAUGAGCCCGAGAGGAGGGGUUUGA